GCAAAGCCGUUUCUAGUUCAGUCAUACAUCGUACUGCCGGUCACACUGAAGGACAGAGUCCAAAUCACGGCUUUGCCAUGUGGGUACUUGUUUUAGCCGUGGCCCUCUCUGUCUCUACCGCUUUCAUCGACGGUUCUGAUGUGGAUCGACAUGCAAACAUGAGUACUUGUGACCUCAUUAUGGACUUCGGCUACACCUGCGAGACAUUCAAGACCACCACGGAGGACGGAUACGUCCUGGAAGCGGACAGGGUCGGUAAAAAGAAGGGAUUAUUGGGAAGAUCGCUGUUGACUCCCAAACAUAGUCCCAUCAUACUGGUGCCGGGAAUACUGUCCGAAUCUGGCACGUGGUUCGUCAACUUUCCGUCACAGAGCCCGGGCUACAUUUUGGCUGACCAUGGCUUCGAUGUGUGGGCUAUGAACACGAGGGAGAUUGCGGCGCGCUCCCGCAACAUUCACCAUAUUCGUGCGGAUGACGACCGAUACUGGCAGUGGAGCUUUAACGAGAUUGGACGGUACGACCUCGCCGCAACAGUUGAUCUCGUCCUAAACACCACGGGUGCAUCGAAAGUGACCUUACUGGCUUUCUCACAGGGAUUUACCUCAAGCCUCGUCCUCCUCUCCACAAGACCAGAAUACAAUCGGAAGGUCAGCCUCCUCAUGGGAUAUGGGCCAGUGGCAAACUUAUCGGGAGUGCAGUUCCCUUUUCCUCAGAUUAUUGCAGUUUCUGAUCCCAUCUUUCUGCUGCUCGAUCCAAUAGGUGACAGCGGAUACUUUUACCUUCCCGAAGCGCCUAGAGAAAUGAUGCAGGCAAUUUGCGACAACUACAAGGAACAGGUGUGCUCCACUUCUCUGAUCGUCACAAUGAUCAGUAGUCCGCAACAAGUGAACUCGACGCGAAUGCCUGUAAUCCUGGCUCACUACCCCAUUGGAACGUCCUACAAGAACCUCCGCCAUUUUGUACAGAUAUAUAGAACUGGAAGAUUUGCCAUGUAUGAUUAUGGAUUCCUGAAGAAUAUAGAGAAGUAUGGCAAGGCUGUGCCUCCUAACUAUCCCGUGGAAAGAAUCGAGGUUCCUGUGGCACUGUUCUCGUCAGUGGGGGACACGGUAGCCGACUCAGAUGACGUCUCUGACCUCGCUCAAGCUCUCUAUGGGACCUUAUUUUUCCACAAUGUUGUGCCACCAACCAACUUUCGUCACCUCGAUUUCGUUCUGGGACAUCAGGCGACAGAUUUCCUUCACGAAAAUAUGCUCGCUGCCAUUGAUAAAAAGGUUCCGAGAACGUAGUCAUAUAAAUAAACCUUCGCGGAGCUCUUAUUUUCCUUACAGGGAGCCACCGAAAAUUUUGAUCUGCCUACUUUGUUUAGCGCAACGGAAAGCUUACCGGUGACUGUUUCUAAUGGCGAAAUGGUAACGCUGAAAAAUGCCGCGAAACAUUUGUAAUCAGUUGAAUGUGUCUUAAAUGUUGAUGAGUCUGUGUUGA